CCCCCACCCCAUACAUUUCGACCAAGCUCAUCAAGAGAAGAAGGAAACCUAUGCAAACUUCAUCUUCCAUAGCCAAACUCAAGCCCAAGCUCAAGCAAGAAAAGGGGAAAGCAGUUUGAAGAAGGAAAAAGAUCGGAAAAGUGUGAAGAAUUAAGUUUUUGCAGGAUGCUCGUGUUGGACCCGUGUAUGAGUGUGAAGAGUACCUUCAAAUGCUUGAUAGUGAGGAUCCACACAUUCGUCUGUAUUUAGAGCGAAUGGGUCAUGACAAAUGGCCUCGUGCUUAUGCUAGUUGAAAUCGGUACUCGGUUAUGAUGUCAAACAAUGCCGAGUCAUUAAAUGCAGUUAAUGCUACCGCCCGAGAAUGCCCAAUAUGUAAGUUGAUUGAGUUUAUUAUUGCACGAAUGCAAAAGUGGCUUUGUGAACGGUGAGAAUCUUCAUCAUCAAACAAUUGCCGUUUAUCUGCACAUUUUGAAUCUGAACUAGCAGUUUUACAAUCUAUGGCAGCCGUCAUGAGAGUAAUGCCAUCAACUCAUUGUCUUCAUUGCACUUUUUUGUUUUUUAAAAAAGAUAUCCUAUCGUGAUGCAUUAUUCAAUUAGUUUUACUGUAUUAAAUAUUGUAUUACAGUUUUUAAUAUUUAAUAAUAAAUUAUGCAGGUCAAACCAUCAUGUGAUUUUGAGUAUGAGGUGUUUGAUAAGAGAUCUCGCUCUUAUGUUGUCAACUUGAAGGAGCGCACGUGCACUUGUCGAGAAUUUCAGCUUGAUGGAUUUUUAUGUGUACAUUCCGUUGCAACUAUUCGCUCCCGUCCAGAACUUUCUUUCUACGAUUACAUUUCAGAAUUCUAUACGGCACAUCAUUGGGCACAAACAUAUCGCGGUAUUAUUCAUCCUAUUAGGAGUCCGGAUAGUUGGAUGGUACCUUCACAUGUUAAGUAAAUCACUUGCAGUCCCCCAUCAUGUGAAUCACGACCUCCUGGAAGUCCGAGGAAAAGAAGAAUUCCUUCUACAGGAGAACAUGUUUGGAGACAAACAUGCACUCGUUGUCUCAUGGUUGGACACAAUAGAAAGACUUGUAGAAAUCAUAUUUCGCUACACAUGUGUUAAAAAAUGUUUUUAAUUAUUUGCCGUUUUCAUUGCAAUGCACUUUUGUCCUGCUUUUAUUCAGACACUUCGUUUGUUAUUCAUUGUUAAUUUAAUGCUAUGAAUGAAUGACACUUCGUUAUUCAUUGUUAAUUUA